AGAGAGAGAGAAAGAAGAAAGGAAGAAAGAUCGGGAAUAGAAGCGAGGCGGAAAGAGGAGGACGAGCGAGACGGGAGAAUGGUUGCCGGUGUUGUGAAAUUAAUCGAACGCGAGACGCGAUAGCACCACGUAGAAUCACAACACGGUGUACGGUAACGUUGUCGCGUUCCGUUUCCGGUGUUUGUCGCUGGCCUUGCGCGGUCUCGGGCGACGCGCGGACUCGCUCGAGUCCCCGCUUCGUCGCAGCCUGCUCGCUCGUUCUCGACUUUCCAGCGGUUCGACUUGCCGAGACGGAAGCAAAGUCGCUGGGAAUUUUUCUGGCAAUGUCGGAACCUGACUGGGGACGCGGCAACGAUCCGGACGAUCGUUCCUCGAGUUGGUCGAAGACGUUCACAGGUGAGGAAACACCGGCGAGAAGAAGCCGGUCUCCGUGGACACCGAAUGGGGUGGCUUUCGGUCGGGGGUAGAAGUAUGCGCCGCCCCCGUGCUCCUCCAAUGGGACGAGCUCGCGCGCUCCCCGGCGACCAAUGGCGAGAACCAACCGCUUCGCACCGUGCCGUGCUGCGCUCCACUCCUCGCCGUACGAGCGCGCCACAAAAAAAUGAAAAAGGAGGCCGACUGGAAGACGAAGAGAGGGAGAGAGAGAGAGAGAGAGAGAGAGAGAGAGAGAGACAGCAGCCACCGACAACCUCCUCCGCCAACUGCAUCGGCAUUGGCAUCGGUGCGAAGCGAUCGGCAGUGCCAUUGGCACCGCUACGAUAAUCGUUCGAGUUGUCAGUAGCAGCAGAACCGCGUUAACGCGCUUCCACGCGGAACUUUAGCCGACAGUUUUUUACUCUUCCUCGUAGGAUUUUCACUAUCGCGGUACGGUCGUCCUCCGUCGACGUCGAAUCUGUGAAGCAAGUGUGUUUCGAGCGGUGAUAAUCGGCGGAUAUCGGUGCGGUGUGAACUGUCUGAAUCGUCCGCGGCCAGGAUGUACGGGACACGCGACGAUUGAGAAGCAUCGUUUCUGGAUUCGAUGGAAUUACGUCGCACCGGAGAUACGAGUGACGCGCACCGGCAACAAGGAUUUAUGAAUGAAGACACGAAUGGCGGGGACGUGAAUGAAGCGUGGUUUAUCGAAUAAACGUCGACCGUUCGAGCUGCGAAUGCUUAUUUUCGCGAUAAGCUACGUCGGAACGUAGGUACGCACGGCACGAGUUGCAAUCGCGUUUAUUCUUCGAUCGAUAACGCGAGUCGACGAUCGUGGUCGUCGCAGCUGGAACGUUCGAACGUCCGACGAACGCGGCGGCGGCGGCGGCGGCGGCGGUGGCGGCCGAAGGGAAUUUUCUUGCGAAGACGCGACGCGACACGACGGUGAAACGAGCAUCGAAUGAUCGGCGAGAAACGGAAAAUCGACAUCGAGAAUGCCCGAUAGCUCGGACCAACUAUCGUCGCCGAACAGCGAGUGUAACAGCCAGAUCGGUGGCAUGCACCGAAACGCGUCCACCGGACAGUUUGACGACUCGUCGAUGCCCGGGCUCGCGUUAACGCAUCAUUCGCAUUCGCAAAAUCUGACGACGGCGUCGAACGGUAGCCUGCAAUACCCUCAAGAGUUGACCACUUGCAGUUCCGCGAAUACGUCUACCAAUAUCGGAAACAUCGGCGGACUUUCUCUGGGAAUAACGGCCAGUAACUAUACGCCGGAUCAGAUAUCUUGUAUGUGCAAGGCGUUAUCGCAGAGACAGGAUAUCGAGAAGCUCACGAGGCUCCUAUGGUCUUUGCCGCCCGGCGAGUUGCUUCGUCGCGACGAGAACGUGUUGAUAGCGAGAGCCACGGUGGCCUUUCAUCGAGGCGCUUACCACGAGCUCUACUCGAUCCUGGAGAGUCAUCCGUUUUCACCCGAUCGACAUCCUGAGCUACAGCAGAUGUGGUUCAAGUCGCAUUACAGCGAGGCCGAGAAGAUCCGCGGCAGACCGCUCGGCGCGGUCGACAAGUAUCGGCUGCGCAAGAAGUAUCCGUUGCCGAAGACGAUCUGGGACGGCGAGGAGGUGGUGUAUUGCUUCAAGGAGCGAUCGAGGAACGCGUUGAAACAGUGCUACAUGAGAACCAAGUACCCGCUUUCCGAGGAGAAGAAGAAUCUGGCGAAGGAGACCGGCUUGACCUUGACUCAGGUGGCUAACUGGUUCAAGAAUCGACGGCAGAGGGAUCGCACGCCGCAAACGAGAACGGAUAUGCUGCCGUUAAAUUGCCAGAAUAACGCUGGCAACGUGAUCGGCAGUUCGGUGAGCAACGGAGAAAGCAUUCAAUCGUUGCAAAACAUCGAUUCGAACGGCACGAAUCUGGCGAUGUCGCCGCUCUCGACGAUGAGCAUGUCGCCGGUCGCCGUGAACCCGUGCAGCCCGAUGGGUAUGAGCCCCAUGGCUCCCCGUCAUCCCAGAUACGCAACACCGAUGGUCUCGUCUUCCGUGCACACCACGCACCCUCACAGCGGCGGCCUCAGUCCCAUGAACGACGUGAAAGCUCUGUGCUACGGACGUGGAAUCUGCGAAACCGGUAAGGACGCGGAACAGAGUUCGGUCUAUUACUCGAGUCACUCGAGCAUGCAUCAUCAGUAUUACCAGCAAACGCAUCAUCAGAUGAUGUCCAGCGCUCAUCAUUAUCAGCACCAUCAACAGGGCAUGCCGACCGGAUACGAAAUUACGCUUCCGCCCCCUCAGCACUCGACGUGACCAACCGACUACGAGACCGAUCGAAACGACGCGACUCAUCCUGGUCAAGCCGACGAUUUGUUUGCUCGUGUCCACGCGUUUGCCUGACUCGGUGUCGCGCCUCUAUGCCCGAGCAACGUUUGAAGGGAACCGCGCCACUAAUCUUAUCGACGCGCGGUCCAACCGCUUCGUUCCUAACGCGCAUAACGUUCAUUGUACAUUUUUCCCAUUCGCGGACGUUACUUUUUCCAAAAGCGUAGAAACGAUUCAACGUUCGCGCGAUGACAAACAUCGAUCGUGCGCGUGUUUUUCAGCCAAUCAAGGCGCAACCUCUUGCGUAAAAGUUCUGGGAGGAGCCUUCCCUCGAAGGAGAACUGGUUUAACAGGCGCACCCUUCUCAAAGGUGUUCGCGAUGGAGUCUCGUCAGCUGCUCCUCCCUCCUCUUUCUACGUACGAGUAAAACGACCGCGCAACCAGCGCAUUUCACGAAUGCAAAUCGAUAUCGCGUCGCUGCGCGAAUCGCUUCCUCGAGCGUACGUCUCUUCCUUUCGCACAGUCUCCUCGUAAAUUCUUAUCCGAACGCGUAACAGGUUUGCCAGAGUGAAACGCGCUGCGCGGCUCUUCAACGAAAGCGAGCCGCUUACGAACGAAACCUGCGCCGUUCUCGCAGCUACGAUCCUUUCGUUUCUCGAUUUUAAUUCGAGCACGAUCGACUCGUGCUGUUCCUCCGCUCCGAAAUUUCGAUUCUUUCGAUACGAACAAGCGACUUCUGGUAGGUACUCGUUUAGGGUACGUGCGUGUGCGCGUGUGAAAGUUCGCCAAUGUACAUACGUAUGUGUAGUACGUAUGCAUGUGUGUAAGUACGUGUGUACGCAUGUAUGUAUAUAUAGAUCGAUCACAGUGUUGAAUUUCUGGUGCGAAAUAUAUUUUUGACCGUAGAAUCGAGCGUACGAACGGGCGAUUUGCCCUUCGAUAACUCGACUCUCGUGUCCCGAAAGAAAAGAAACGAUCUCUCGGCAAACGAUGUAUCGCUUUGACGGAAAUGUAUUGUACAACUACGAGCGCGAGAGCGUGAGAUGCGUUAGAUGUAUAGUUAAGUAAAUCAUAAAUCUGUGAAUCACGUUUCGA